AUGGCCUCCGAUAAAGGAAUCACGUUCUACGACAUCAAGUCAGCGGAACCGCUACGAACCUUCGCUCCAAACCCUUGGAAGACUCGAUUCGCUCUCAAUCGAAAAGGUCUUCAAUACCAGACACAAUGGGUUGAUAUGCCGGAUAUCCAUGCAGUGCGGGAAAAACUCAAUGUGCCCGCCAACCGCACCCUACCAAACGGCAAACCAUACAACACUUUGCCAAUGAUACACGACCAUGCAACAGGAGAAAUCAUCGGCGACACCUUCGAGAUUGCCCUUUAUCUCGACAAGACCUACCCCGACCGGCCCGCACUCUUCCACCCUCACACAGUCGGCCUCAAUGCAAUCUUGAACGCCCAGAUCGACACGAUAUUCAGCAAACAUCUCGGAGUCAUCUACGAGAUGAUCUUCCCGCCAGAGAGCAAGGACGAAUGUCUCGCAACCUUUGCUCGACGCGCCGGCGUCAGUGCAUGGAGCGAUCUCCAACCCACCCCAGAACAACGCGAGGCUACAUUCGUCUCCCUCGAAGCCGCGCUCGGCGAGCUUCUCAAAGGCUUCCGACACACUGGCGGCACGACCGAUCACUUCUGGCGUGCGCCUGGGACGAAGCAGACCGAAUUCCAACAUGGCCCGGCGGAACGUGAGCAUGGCGUGAGCUUCCUGGACAGCGAUGAGCCAGCAUAUGCGGACUUCAUCAUUGGAGCGUGGCUGAAGGUGUUGGAGGCUAGCAUGAGGCCGGAGGAUUGGAGUCGUGUUCGGGGGUGGCAGGAUGGUUAUUGGGGGAAGUAUGUGGAUGCUUUGGCGGAAUGGGCAGAGAUCAAGUAA